GAUUGUGGGUAAUGCUACAUUCAGGCGGGCGGGCAGAUGGCGAGCCAGAGAAAUGUGGAGGUUUGACUCGGGUGUAUAAUUCAAGACUCGUUGUUGUUUCUAAUUGAUUACUUUGCUUCGUAGUUGUGUAUUUGUUUCCUUUGUGUGCACGAUGAGCGGAAGUGAGCUGUCUUUGCAGGCUCUGUCCUGGCGGAAGCUGUAUCUGAGCCGGGCGAAGCUGAAAGCCACAAGCCGCACUUCAGCUCUGCUGUCCGGCUUCGCCAUGGUUGCGAUGGUGGAGGUUCAGCUGGAUACAAGUCAUGAUUACCCCCCUGGUCUGUUGAUCGCAUUCAGUGCAUGUACCACAGUGUUGGUGGCAGUUCAUCUCUUUGCUCUGAUGAUCAGCACCUGCAUCUUGCCCAACAUCGAAGCCGUCAGCAACGUACACAACCUCAACUCGGUGCGCGAGUCUCCACACGAACGUAUGCAUCGCCAUGUCGAGCUGGCCUGGGCCUUCUCAACCGUCAUCGGCACACUGCUCUUUCUCGCUGAGGUCGUCCUUCUCUGCUGGGUCAAGUUUUUACCCAUCAGGCCCAAGAAUCAGAAAAACGGCACGGUCUCGGCAGGUGUGGCCGCCGCCAUCACCUCCACCUCCAUCAUGGUGCCGUUCGGCCUCAUCUUUAUCGUCUUCGCCGUCCAUUUUUACCGCUCGCUUGUCAGUCACAAAACUGACCGUCAAUUCCGGGAGCUAGAGGAACUGGAGGAUCUGACACGGCUUCAGAACGAGCUGGACCAGAGAGGAGAAACAUCAGCGCUGCACUCUCCAACUUCUCAAUAGAUGACCGUCCCGAGUCUGCUUUUUAACCUACUGUGUCUGUAUGUCUUAGUUUCUGCAUGUGGAUUUAAAGGUAUUAAUGAAAUCUUAAAUGCACCUCUGGCUUCACCAGCCUCCAUUAAGGAGGGAACCAUCCCGAGGCUAAUUUUCAUUUUAUUUAUUUUUAAUAUAUAUAUAUAUAUAUCGCGAUGAAGACCUCAACGUCAUGUCUUUUAACAAGAUCAUUGAGCUGUAAGCGAAUACCUUGACGUAACCAAAUCCAUCAGCUCAGCAUUUGUCAUACCGUUAGUUUAUCAUAUUUUUUUACAGCCCUGAUGUAAUGCCAGGGUUCUGGAGGUUAUCUGACGUCCCACAGUUCCUUGAGUGUCUAGCAUGCAUGGUGUUGCUCAGUAUGCUAGAAGCUAUAUAUUUCUGUAAGCAGUUGAUGCUAACCAGUGCAUGUGAGCGAAGGUUGGAACUUGGGACUUUCCAGACACGAGGUUAAUCACAAGCCAAGCGGAGUAGGGAGGUGAAGAAUGCACAUCACUGGAGUUAAUCACUGAAACCAUUUUAUAGGUGAAUGAUACAUUUUUUAUUUUACUAACUGCUGCGAUUUUUAAAUACAAUAGCUCUGUAGUUGAAGAUAUAUAUUUACUGAUGAACUCAGUGUUCUGUCAUUAUGAAUGUCAGUGCCAAAUUAUGACUGUUAGGCAUGUGCUGAUAUUAAAUUCCUAUAUGAUCAUACAAGUGGUGGUUAGUAUGGCGAAAUUAUGUCAUGAUACGCAACUUUCUUUUGCGAUGUGAUGAGAAUCACAGUGGUGCCGGCAAUGUCGCAGAGCUGUAAGAAGAGCUAAAGAAAAGGAAUUUAAAGUACAAUCACUGGAACAAAACAAAAGUGCUGCCCAUAAUAAAAUACACCGAUCAGGCAUAACAUUAUGACCAGUGAGAGGUGCCGUGAAUAAGACUGAUUAUCUCCUCAUCAUGGCACCUGUUAGUGGGUGGGAUAUAUUAGGCAGCAAGUGGACAUUUUGUCCUCAAAGUUGAUGUGUUAGAAACAGGAAAAAUGGACAAGCGUAAGGAUUUGAGCGAGUUUGACAAAGGGACAAAUUGUGAUGGCUAGACCACUGGAUCAGAGCAUCUCCAAAACUGCAGCUCUUGUGGGGUGUUCCCGGUCUGCAGUGGUCAGUAUCUAUCAAAAGUGGUCCUAGGAGGAAACAGUGGUGAACCGGCGACAGGGUCAUGGGUGGCCAAGGCUCACUGAUGGACGUGGGGAGUGAAGGCUGGCCCGUGUGAUCCGAUCCAACAGACGUGCUACUGUUGCUCAAAUUGCUGAAGAAGUGAAUGCUGGUUCUGAUAGAAAGGUGUCAGAAUACACAGUGCAUGACGGGUCAGGGCUGUUCUGGCAGCAAAAGGGGGACCAACCCAAUUUUAGACAGGUGGUCAUAAUGUUAUACAUGGUUGGUGUAGGUAUAUAAUGUGCCACUCAAGAUUGUCCAAGCCUUUAUAUAAAUAAAGGCUACCAUAAAUCUUUUAUCAUGGUUUAUUAUAUUAUUUUAAUAUUCUAUUUCCUUCGAACCUUAAAACCUUAGUAGGAGUGCCAGUUGCCUGACUUUUGAUAUGAUCGUCUUGUAGAGCGGUAUAAAGUUAGCUUAGAUAUUAUCACAGCACAAAGAUUUUAAUGGACAUGUCGCAUAUCAUGGUUUGUUUCACAUCUUGAUUAUCAGCACAUGCCUGACAUCAACACUGAACUGAGCCAUGUUUUGGUGUGCGGUUAAUGUUUACAUCUUUAUAAUAAUGUGCCAAAUACUUUUGAUUUACUCCUCCAGUCUGUACUGGUUUCUAAUGAACCAAACUGUACUUAAUUCCAUUAUCUCUGUGUAAAGUUAUCUGGGCAUUUCAAUACCAUUUAAAACCCUUCCCUAUUCAUUUCCCCCCCAAUUCCCUUGACCAUCUUAAGAGCAACAAGCCAGUUAAUUAGUAGGAUCUAUUUAGCAACUGACUGACUACAUUUUUAUAGCUGCUGGGAAGAACAUCGACAUCAAGUUUAAUUUGCCAUACAUGACAUUUUAUGAAUCUGAAGGAUUGAAUUGUUUUGGUCUACAGACAUUCCUCAUCUCAUGUCAGUGUUUUCUAAGCUGUUGCUACGAUUUGUUCGAAACCACGGUUCAUCCUCUUGUACUAAAGCUGUGUUGAAAACAGUACCACAACAUCGUGCACAGGUUGAACGUGGGUUUUCUUUGGUAAAGAGGUUCUUAUUCAACUUCAGAAUGACUGAUUUAAUCAUUUUGGUGUGAAACCAUUUGCCAAGUGGUGUGGCCUUGAUGUUUUGUGAUUUUUUUUUUUUAAUUGCCAAGCACACACAGUGUGUACAUGGUUUACAAAUCUGAGUGAAAUAAAACGAAAUAUAACAAAA